CGCGUCAGGGCCCACAAUCCCUCCUCUUCGGGAAAGAGCGCCAGGCCUGCUGGGGGUUGAAGUCCGAGAGCGGAGGGAAGUAAACGUCAACAUGGAAGCCCGGAGAGCCUUACACUUCGUGUUCAAAGUUGGCGACCGAGCGCAGACGGUGCGGUUCUAUCGGGAGAUACUGGGCAUGCGCGUUCUACGGCAUGAGGAAUUUGAGGAAGGCUGCAAAGCCACUUGCAAUGGUCCCUAUGAUGGGAAAUGGAGCAAAACGAUGGUGGGAUUCGGCCCCGAGGACGGUCAUUUUGUGGCUGAACUGACCUACAAUUACGGCGUCGGAGGAUAUCGCCUUGGCAACGACUUCCUGGGAAUGACGAUUGCCUCCAGCCAAGCGGUAAAUAACGCGAAAAGGCUUCAGUGGCCGAUCAAGGAGAUUUCGUCCGGUGUUUACGAAACGGAAGCUCCGGGAGGAUACAAGUUCUUCCUGGAAGAGAAGGAAGCUCCCAAGAAAGACCCAGUGAUGAAGGUGGCGCUGGCCGUGUCCAAUUUGGCCAAAUCCAGGGUCUUCUGGGCCAAACUGCUGGGCAUGAAGGUCUAUGAGGAGGACGAAGGCCAGCAGAGGGUCCUGAUGGGCUUCCAGGAUGACCAGUGUAAACUGGAGCUUCAGGGCAUCGGCCGGGCCGUGGAUCACGGCUCCGCUUUUGGGAGAAUCGCCUUUUCGUGCCCCAAAAAACAGCUCCCGGAGAUCGAGGCCUUGAUGAAGAAGGAAAACCAGAAGAUUUUGACUCCGCUUUUGAGCCUCGACACUCCCGGCAAAGCGACGGUGCAAGUCGUCAUCUUAGCCGAUCCCGACGGGCACGAAGUCUGUUUCGUGGGGGACGAAGCCUUCCGGGAGCUUUCCCGAGUCGAUCCCAAGGGGGAGGAGCUCUUAGACAAGAGUAUGGCGGCCGACAAAAGCCAGGAGUGGUUUGCAAAGCACAACAUCCCUAAACCUUCUGCCUGAAAGGAAAAUCAACGUAUCGCUGCUUGGAAAUACAUUCCAGUGGAUGCCUUCCACCUCGAAUGCAAGCACCAUCCAUUCGUCGUUGGUUCGAAGGCUUCAGAGUCGGGUGCCCUCCGUCUGCUCUUUGCCAAAUCAAUGUAUUGCCUUGGGUUUCAUUCUGGGUUUCCUCUCCUCCAAAUAAAUAAUUUCCCAUGAAGAAGAAA